AUGUCGGCUGCCACCUCCCCCACAAUGGACACCCACGACGACUCCUCCGGCGACUCCGCAACGACAAUGACCUCCACCGCGACGUCCAUCUCCAUCCUGCGACCGCCAUAUCCCAGCAGCCAGUCCACGCCCGGAUCGCAUCGUGCUCACAGGGACAGCCAUAGAAACUCGGGAUACUUCUCAUCGGGAUCCGGAUCUGACAGGAAUAAUAUCGAUCCGGGCGAUUUCUUGCAGAAGCAUCUGGGGAGGAGUGAGGAGAUGUUGUAUGAUGACAAGUCGAAGCGGAGGUCGCAGUAUUAUGAGGAUGAGUUUCGGUAUAAAGAUGGGGCGGUGGGGAUUGUGAGGGAGAGAGUGCAGACCGAGUCGCCGGUGAUUGCGGAGUUGAGGACGAAUGUUAUUGUCAAAGAUGAGUUCACGCUGGUCACUGAUCUUUCAUUCAACCUCGCCGCACGAUACGCACGACCCAACUCGUCGAUCAUGGUUCAAGUCCAGCACAGUGCUUGUCUAUCGUUCGGCGGCACAUUCGAUCCAUGCUACAUCUUGACACUCCAAGCUGUUCCCUCAUCCAUGGGACCAACGACGAACAAACGCAAUGCAGCUUUAAUCCAAGCAUUCAUGGCGGAUACGAUGAACGUCCCCGCCGAGCGAGGCAUCAUCAAAUUCCAACCCAUCGCAGAAGAAAACCUCGCCCAAGGAGGCACAACAAUCAUGGGCGACAUCGAACGACAAGAAAAGCAACACGCCAUCGAACACGGCCACUCCGUCAAAAAAGCCAUCACCGCCGCAUCGAGAAAAAGCCUCCCCUCCAUGCGCAAGUCCGCCGCACAACGCUCCUCCAUGGACGGCAAAGAAGUCGCCUCUCUCCCUCCCAUCAACACGAAAGACAUCUCCCGCGACUCCUUCUCCUCAUCCCGCCCCAAAUCCAUCAUCAUCACCACCACCGCCAUCGCUCUGAAACGCCACUCCAUCGGCGAGGUCAUCCCCCCAUUAUCCGCAACCAUCCUCUCCCCCUCCGACAUCUACGAACUCCCCUGCGACGAACCCGCCCGUCCCCUCCCCUCCGCCCCAGUCAUCCCAACCCUCCACCGCAGCUCCUCCGUCUCCAACGGCCUCCGAAUGAACCCCGUCUCGCCCCUCGACUGCGCCCCUCGUCCCCUCACAAUCGGCUCCUCCCCCUUCUCCACCUCUGGUUCCACCAUUGCGGAAAAACGCCGCUCCGCUUCCGAACCUCUCCUCAUCAAUACCAACACCGGCGGUGGUGCCGCGCCAGCUCCCCCUCCAAUCCGCAAGCACACCUCCUCUCGCCCUCACUCCUUCCUCAAAACCGACCCUUCCGCUCCUCCUUCCCCGGGAUUCGGCAAAAACGGCCAGCCCGUGAGUGUUAUCUCCACCCGUCCGAAAACUUCGGAUGGGAGUUCACCGCGGGGGCCGACGGCUUUUCACUCCGCUCCACCGGGUGUGACGGCGGCGAGGGGGAACAAGUCCUCCGAUCGCGCGAGUCUACGUGCAGCGGAAAGGGAACGCUUAAGCGAUAAAUUCAUCCGACCGAAGACGGCGCAUGAGUUACGACCUUUCGGAGGAGGGAAGAGGUCGAGUUUGAAGAAUGGUGGAGGGAAGGGGAGUGGAGAGACGACGUUGAAGGCGUUUGGCACGAGUGCCAUUUCCGCUCCGAUUGGGAAUACCACGUUCCUGCAACCGCCUACUCUCGUCAGCGUCAGCGGCGGAGUCAAGUCGCACACCUCCGUCCGCGUCCCCUCCGCUGCUCUCGGCGCUUUACGACCGGGAAAACCUUCCCUCCGUUCCGCUUCCUCCGGGUCUUUUCCUCAAAAUCAUGGGACAACCAACAAUUUCUCCUACGGCUCUGGUGAUGGGGCGAAUACGGCGAAGCGAAGAUCUACUAUGACGUCUUCCACGAGCACGGCUACGCCGGCGAUUCCGGAGGAUGAAGUGGUGCAAGGGGGUUGGGGGAGUGGGUAUGGGAACGAGAGUGGAAAGAACGGGAAGGGUGGGGAUGGUGCUAUGCCACCCAUUUCAUGCUCCUUCUCCGGCCCAAAUCCUCCCGAAGACGUCCGCCGUCUAGCAGCGAAAAGCCCGUAA